AGACCAAAAUUCUCCAUAUUAAUGACAUCAGGAACGUCUUCAUCUUCCCAUGUUUCUAUCGAAGAGAUAGACGUCUACCUAGGCAAUGGUGUCUCGGGAACUAUAACAGUACCACCCGCCGCCCGCUCAACUGAGUCCAUUUUCUCCCAGGGGUUAGCUCCUCCCACUCAUAAAGCAGCUUUGAUUGUACAUGGUCAAGGUGGACACAGAAACUACUGUUACCAAAAGCAGUUGGCCCACCGCUUGGCCAAUGACUUGGGAAUGUACUCGUUGAGAAUAGACUUUCGUGGAUGUGGUUCUUCUGCUGACAACACAGACCCCGUCAAGGGCCGUGUAUUAAGCCAGGAUAUCGAGGAUAUCCAGCAGUCGGCAGAGUUUCUUCUUGACGGCACCCAAAACCCCCUCGGUAUCGACUUCACGUUGUCGACUAUUGUGGGACACUCCCGAGGCAGUUUGGCGAUGUUCUUAUGGGCGUUGAAGCAAGAUGCCCUUGCUAAAUCCGAAUGGUCUUCCAAAGCCAUUAUCGUGCCCAACUUGGUGAAUUGUUCUUCAAGAUAUCAGUCUCAUACUGUUUACGAUAGAUAUCCGAUCAGGGGAGAUGAUGACUUCGAUGGUGUGGAGCAAAACGUGUUACGCCAUGGCAAGUUUCAGCCGGUGAUGAUCACAAAGACAGAACUAGUUGAUUUGGCUGAAGCAGAUUUAUCGGGCCUCAGUGACUUAUCGUUGGACUUUUCGGUGUUGAGUAUCUACGGGUUAGAAGACCAUAUUAUCCCCAUUGUUGACUCGGCUCAUUUUUCCAAUGCAUUAAACAGAGGACAUUUAUCUCACCGACUCGAGUUAAUCCCUCUUGCAGAUCACAACUUCUAUGGAGCUGUGGCCAUCGAAAAUGAAGACGAUGCCGACACAUACAAUCCUGAUAACUUGCCUUUGAACCGGUCAGGAUUUGCAAACUUCAAUGGUAUAGUAGUGGAUAAAAUUGUUGAUUACCUACGACCCGAGAAUGAGCUUCAAAGGUUUUUGCAUAUCAGCAAAAAUAUUGGGCAUUUAUCUAGAUGGAAACAAAUUGAGGGGGUGAGCAACUUUAGAGAUAUUGGGGGGUGGAGAAUAACUAAUCCUCGGUUUCCAUUGAAGCUGCCUGUUCUGGGAAAAUACUAUGUUAAGCACAAUCUUAUGUUCAGGUGUGCUCAUAUGGGAAAGAUAACUGAAAACGGAUUAAAUGCUUUGAAAACCAUGGGUGUCAAGGCUAUAUUUGACCUCAGAUCAUCGGGGGAAACCUCUCGUGAUGGGUACCCUCAGAACUUGGAAAAGCAUGGGAUCAAGAGAAUACAUGCUCCGGUGUUCAGUGAACAAGAUUAUUCUCCCCAGUCUAUUGCCAUUCGGUACACCAACUUAACCACCAGUUGGCACACCUACGUGGAUGUUUAUGAUGACAUGUUGUUGAACGGUGGUGGGGCAUUUAAAACUGUGUUUGAGUUUAUCAGAGACAAUAAAGAUACUCCAUUUGUCUUCCACUGCACUGCUGGUAAGGAUAGAACCGGAAUUUUGGCAAUGUUGAUCUUGUUAUUGGUGGGGUUGGACAAACACACCAUUGCCAAGGAGUUUGAGUUGACCACCAUAGGAUUGAAGCCAGACCACGAAGAAAUCAAGAAGAAUUUUAUCAAGUUGAUAGAGAAAACCAAAAGCAGGAUGGACGAUCCCAGUGAACUUGAAAAGUCUAUAGGAAAAGGUCGUGCAAACUGGACCAUAUAUAAAGAUGGGUUUGAAAACUUGAUAAGCUCCCGUUAUGAAGCUAUGUUGUCUACCAUUGAAAUGUUCAACCAAAAAUUCGGUGGAAUUGUUGCAUACUUGAAAAAAGCCAUGGGAUUUACUGAUGAUGAUAUAUUGAAAGUCUAUGAAAAUCUCAUGGUGGUAAACACCCUUGGAUUCUUCAAGGAAGACACGUUUAUUGAGUGGAGCCACCGUAACAGCAUGGGUCCGAAUUUGUGAAGUCAGAUUAGAUAUUAGAUAUUAGAUAUUAGAAAUAAAUACAAUUGCUGGAAUCGUGUAUUGGAUGCAUCAACCACUUAAUUGCUCACAUGAUGGGCAAGGGUCGGUGCUUAAAGAUAAUCUUCUUUCGUAUUAUAUCCACCAUGUCUAUUUGAGAUUGGGACCCGUCUUCAUUGCACGGGAUCUUGAGUAGCCCCAAAGGAGUGUCCAAAUUGGCCAUUGUUCCCACAAGUCUUUGGGAGUUUCCAAUGAGUAGCGUGACUUUGGACUUGUCUUUUUCAUCGAACCUAAGUUUUCCAAACUUGACUGCUUCGUGGAUAUCAUCCACCGUGAUAUAUUCAAGACCAGCACUUUUCUCUUUGGGUACGUUCAACACGCCUUGGAUUUCUAGAAGUGAGCGCCCGAAUGGUGUGGAGAUCACUUCUGGUCCAGGAGCAGGGUCUUUCAAGCCCGGUAAAAUCUGGCUGUAGUUGAGAUUCACGCUAGGCAUAGAGAUUGAGAUGUAAAAUUAAAACGCGAUCUC